UGGCCGCCGACGGCGGUGUCGAGCCUCGACGAGCUGCCCCAUCGAGAUGCCCUCGAGAUGAUUGCGCGCGGGGCGCCGACGUUCAAAGGCCGCAAGAAGGCCAUUCCUUACGCAUCGGACCAGCACUAUGCGCUCUACGUGACGAGCUCCAAGACCCGGAGCGGAGGCACCGACGUGGCGAGGCCAAACGACGCCAUGUCCCAUCUCAUGACGAUGAAGGUGCAGGAGCACGGCCAUGUGUCGUACCCCUGGGAGACGGUAGAGCAGCCCAGCUACGCCUUCUUCUACGGUCACCUGGGCGGCACCAUCACGCUCAACCAGUGGGCCGCUGCGGCGAGCAACAUUCCGGCCAAGAUCCCGCUGAGGGACUCGGGCGUCGUGCCGCGGCCGGUGAGCCUGGAGCAGAUCUUUGCGCGGCUCAAGGACCUGCAGCAACUGGGGCUGGAGGACGACGACCUGAGCCACUUGUAUCGAUCCCUGUACAAGGGCUUCCUGCGAGACCCCGACAAGCUUCUGAGCCCGCACAAGACGCUGGACAAACAGAUCGCCGACCUGAUCAUGGCCCUGUCGCGGCCGGACUGGAUCGACUACACGGAACCGAAAAACCAGGUCGUGACUCGCUUUAUAUUCAACGGCUCUUCCGAGGAGGGCCGGGAGCAGUAUCACAAGUUCUUUCAUCAGUUGCUCCUCAGCCUCGAGCUGGACCUGCGCAUUCAAUCACGGCAUCACGAUGACUGGGCCAAGGAGAAGCUGCUGCAACAGAUGCCCCCUACGAUCAAGUGGAACCUGGCACUCGCGAGGCGAUGGCGGGAAAAUGUCCGAAUUGAGACAUACGGCGAGACUCCUCAAGAGGUGAAACUGCGGUACAAGCUGAAGAAGCGGCAAGUGAAGCAGCUCAAGAAGUUUGCUCAGAUCAUGAAGUGGCCGAAUCUGAGGGACACAAUGGACUCUCUGCGGCAAAAGGACGAGGACUUUUCCCUGGACACCAUAAGCUCGGAUGCCUUUGCCUACUUUAGCGGACUCGUGCUUCCCGGUCCGACGUUCUCGUUCCUCAUCAUGAACACGCUCAUCGAUCUAGACCCUGAUCCGGCAACGAAUGAGCUGGCCCUGCUUUCUCACAUGCACCCACACUCUGGCUUCCAGUACCGUAAUAGUCACACGUACUGGUCGGCAAGCUGCAUUGUGGGCAAGGUGCUGGCUCCGACGUGCCACUCGGUCGCAGGCUGGGUCGGGCCUUGCAGGCCAACGUCAGAGCUUGGCCGGUCUCAGAUUGCCCGCAUCCGCACCAGGCAGCCCAAGCAGCGUAUGACGCGCGAGGACGUCGAGACGAUGAGCACGCGGUCCGAUGCGCUAGGGCCGCGGGCAGAUGCAUACCCCGUGCGCGAGUACAAGCUGGCGACGCUGGACGGCGACCGAUACGUGGUGGACGCCGUGCGGAUGGAGCUGCUGAGCUUCAAACCGGUUCCUGCCACGGGGCGCGAGAGCAGCGCUGGGGGCCCUCGCCUCUUUGAUGCCCAAGCGCAGUUUGCCAUUGAUGGCGUGUCCUGGCCGCUGCGGCUCAUGUACGAUGUGAGCUUCAUCUCCGCGUGGCCGUGUGCGGAUGGGCCGCAUCCCCUGUUCUACGACUACGAGUACAAGCUGGUCAGGGCGGACGAUAUCGUUCGCAUCCGCAAUUGGUCUGGCUUGUACGGGGGAGACGGCCAGCACUCUGGCCCCAGUAGCACCGCCUCGAGCCCUCCACCGGCGGCCGACGCGGUACAUGCCGUGGUCGAUAGGGACGUCGACGAUGAGAAGGUGCUCGUGGUGGACGCGGUAGGGGUUCGAGACAACGAGGUGCUGGCGAGGGCCUGGUGCGCUCACUGGGGGCUCAGCGCAGUCGUGGCGGAUAUCCACAACACUUGCAUGGCGUGUGCUAUCCGAGAAGCAUACGCGGCGACACUAACCGUUGUGAUCCUGACGGAGGACCACUCAAACGACACUGACGAAUAA